UUGACCAAGUGAAGCUACAACUUUGCUGCAUAAAUUGCGGGGUCCUGAGCCAUGUCGCUGACCAACACAAAGACGGGGUUUUCGGUCAAGGACAUCUUGGACCUGCCGGACACCAACGAUGAGGAGGGCUCCGUGGCCGAAGGGCCGGAGGAGGAGAGCGAGGGGCCGGAGCCCGCCAAGAGGGCCGGGCCGCUGGGGCAGGGCAGCCUGGACGCGGUGCAGAGCCUACCCCUGAAGAGCCCCUUCUACGACAGCAGCGACAACCCGUACACGCGCUGGCUGGCCAGCGCCGAGGGCCUCCAGUACUCCCUGCAUGGGCUGGCGGCCGGCGCUGCGCCCCAGGACUCAAGCGCCAAGUCCCCGGAGCCUUCGGCCGACGAGUCACCGGACAAUGACAAGGAGACCCCGGGCAGCGGGGGGGACGCGGGCAAGAAGCGGAAGCGGCGGGUGCUCUUCUCUAAGGCGCAGACCUAUGAGCUGGAGCGGCGCUUCCGUCAGCAGCGGUACCUGUCCGCGCCGGAGCGCGAGCACCUGGCCAGCCUCAUCCGCCUCACGCCCACGCAGGUCAAGAUCUGGUUCCAGAACCACCGCUACAAGAUGAAGCGCGCCCGGGCGGAGAAAGGUAUGGAGGUGACGCCCCUACCCUCGCCGCGCCGGGUGGCCGUGCCCGUUUUGGUCAGGGACGGCAAACCGUGCCACGCGCUCAAAGCCCAGGACCUGGCAGCCGCCACCUUCCAGGCGGGCAUCCCCUUUUCGGCUUACAGCGCGCAGUCUCUGCAGCACAUGCAGUACAACGCCCAGUACAACUCCGCCAGCACCCCCCAGUACCCGACAGCACACCCCCUUGUCCAGGCCCAGCAGUGGACGUGGUGAGCGCCGCCCCCCGAGACUCGCGGCCCUAGGCCCAAGCCCCACCCUGGCGGCGGCGGCGGCGAGGAGGACUCGGUCCUUACGGUGGUUGUUGUUAUUAUUAUUAUUAUUAUAAUUAUUAUUCUGGA